GAUUGCGUCAUUGCAUUGAAAUUAAAACAAUAACGCAAAAACAAAAAACAAGUCGUAAUAAUCAAAUUGGUGUUCGGCUACGUCGUAUUGCAAAUUAUUGUGAUUAAAUCGAAUAAAAAUGAAAUUUCAAUACAAAGAAGAUCACUCUUUCGAAAAAAGAAAGACUGAAGGAGAAAAGAUACGCAGGAAAUAUCCGGAUCGUGUUCCAGUAAUUGUGGAGAAAGCCCCCAAAGCAAGGCUUGGGGACCUCGAUAAAAAGAAGUAUUUGGUGCCAUCCGAUUUAACUGUGGGUCAAUUUUACUUUUUGAUCCGUAAGCGAAUUCAUCUGCGCCCGGAAGACGCUUUGUUCUUUUUCGUGAACAACGUAAUACCUCCCACAUCUGCUACGAUGGGCUCGCUGUACCAGGAACAUCAUGACGAAGACUUUUUCCUUUACAUUGCAUUCUCGGACGAAAAUGUGUAUGGAUAUUAAUAUUUGUAAUUUAAAUUCACUAUAUUAUAAAUCAUAUGUCAAAUUUUUCUAGCCAUAUGAUUUUAUUUAGUUCUAAGGCUUAGCAAUAUUGAUGUAUUUUGUUAUUAAAGGUGAUAAUUAAUUUUAAUUUGCAAUUUCAUCUCAACUUUGUAAAUGCAACUUUGUUAUAGUUUUAGAAAAAUAUCAUGCACUUGGGUUAAAGGAUUCCAUUUUUCAACUUCUUUGUUUGGUUAAGAGUGUAACAUUUUAUGCAUUGAAUAAUAAAUAUAUUUAAAAUGUA